AGAACCUAAGAUCGUGUUUUACCCGUCGCUGUGGGCUUCAAGUCGGCUGGUCUCCUUCGACGUUGUGUCUGGUCAUCGGAAGGACUUUGAGCUUCUACAACAUGGAUGGCAAAGUCUUACUCCUUGUUGUUGCAUUGGCUGCAACAGUGAGCUUUGAUGGAUGCGAAGGCAAGCCAACCAGUAAGGGCCAUCAGGUGCAGGCGGUCGCUGUUGUGCAGGUGUGCCAGUAUCCAAACAUCGCCUGCUCCAAUGGGUACGGCUGUGUGGCCAACUCUGCCCGCUGCAACGGCAUCUACGAUUGCGCCGACCAAUCGGAUGAGCAGAACUGUGGACAGUUCUGGGCAGCCCAGGCUUAUGCCCAGAAGAAGCAACAAGCCCAGCGGGUGGUCGUUCAACCGGUCAAGGUCGUCCAACAGCAGGUACAGCAUGUCAAGCAGGUCGUGGCCCUUCCCGGCCAACAGGCCCCUCAGGUGUUCAUGACCUACGGCAACGGCAAGCAGAUGGUGCCCGUUCAGCAGCAGCCAGAGAUAGCCGAAGAAGAAGAGGAGGAGGCUGCUGAGGAAGAAGCUCCUGAAGAGGAGGAUGCCGCAGAAGAAGAAGAAGAAGAUGCAGCUGAGGAGGUACCAGCUGAAGAAGAGGCCGAGGAAGAGGAGGAGGAGGAGCCGGAGCCUGCGCCGGUGGAAGCAGCUCCCCAGCCGCCCAUGAUGGUGCUCCAGCCGCAGAUGGUCGUGCACAAGCCUCAGCGUUAUGUCGUCGUGCAGAAGCCGCAGCAAAUUGUGAUCACCUGCUUCUGCUAUGGCCACUCCAACAAGUGCGCUGCCCAGGGCGUUUGCGCUGAAUGCCAGCACAACACGGCCGGCGCACGCUGUGACCAGUGCAAGCCCGGCUACACCGGCAUGGCCACCCGGGGCACCCCGUACGACUGUCAGCCCAUCCAGUAUGUGCAGGUGGUGCAGAAACCGGUGCUGCAGGUGAUGCAGGUGGUGCGGAAACCGGCUCAACAGGUGGCCAUGCAACCAGUGCAGGUCAUGCAACCCCUGGCUGUCCGACUGCAGCCCAUGGCUUACCAAGUCAAGCAACCUGUGCAGGUGCAGCAGGUCGCCAUGCCAGUCAUGAUGCGUCGGGGCAAGAAAGGCUGACCAAUAGCAACCGUCUGUGGGGCGUGUUGACGUGACGUCAUUGGUUUGUUUGCUGUCGUAUGAAGUGUUGUAUGCAAAUCAUUCAAUCCCUAUAACGUGCGAGCGUUCUGUACUAUUCUCUUUGACUCUUAUUCUUGUGAUGGAUUAGAAUCAAUUAGAAUAAAAGCUCCUUUUCUGUUCAUUUUGUACCUGGCAAUGUCUCACGACGAUACUGUGAAGUUUUUGCACUGUGGAGCUCAAAUUUAUGUUCCUAGAAAAGGUACUGUUACG